AUGCAACCCAUCGAGCCCGUAGAGGACCAUGGUAUCUACUCCCGAUUCUCAGCCGGCCGGAAGGCUGCCGUCACCGUUGUCCUGGUCUGGUCGUCACUGCAGUCUACCCUUAGUACGACCACCGUGAUAUCGGCCAUUCCGGAGGUGGCGGUCACCUUUAACUCCACCAACACCGUCGUCGCCCAGUCUAAUGCCUUGAUGAUCCUGUUCCAGGUGGUCGGGCCCAUCCUAUACGCCCCCGUCACCAACAUCUUCGGCCGCCGGCCGGUCCUGCUCACCGCAAAUGCGCUCAUAGCCGCAUUUAGUCUGGGCACUGCCUUGGCCCCAAAUCUCGUGGCCUGCUUUAUCCUGCGCUUUCUCACAGCGCCCCAAGUGACAGCUACUCAGGUGAUUGGUACCGUGGUUAUUGGGGUCAUCUACCCCCCUACGACCCGCGGCCGCGCACUCGGAUGGCUGAUGCUAAGCACCACGUUAGCACCAGGCCUGGGGCCAUUGUUGGGCGGAGUGAUAAUUAUGUUCGCCCCAUGGCGGGUGAUAUUCUGGGCGCAGACCGGCAUGGCAGCCCUCGCGGUGCUUCUGCUGGCGGUGUUCCUGCCGGAGACGAUCCCUGAGAAAAGGACUCGCCUCUUCGCCGGUUUGGCCCCUUGCGAGAAAGUAGGCAAAUUCCUCCGCCUGAUCAAUCCAUCUGAGAUUAUCAUCCUCCUCGUCUCGUCGCGCAGCCUCGCGAUCAAUGCGGUCUCUGUCGCCUCUCUGCACUGGAACCAGUAUUCGAUCCUCACGCCCAUCCGCGAGGUGCUCAGUCCGCGGUUUCACCUGACCACCCCGCUGGAGGCCGGGCUCUUUUACUUGGCACCGUGUGCGGGCUAUGUGACUGGGACGUACUGCGGCGGUCACCUGUCAGACUGGGUCGUGCAACGGUAUAUCCAACGACGCGGGCGACGGGUCCCAGAGGAUCGGCUCAACAGUGUAGCCGGGGCAGUGGGGGUCGCCAUGCCAGUCUGCGUCCUAGUGUACGGCUGGACGCUGCAGCAGGCGGUUGGUGGUAUUCCCGUGGUGGUGAUCGCCCUCUUCAUCCAAGGGGUAUGCCAGACCGUGGCAUUCGUCCGCCUGAAUGUGUACUGCAUCGACGUGAUGGAAGGCACAAAUAAGAGCUCCCUGGCCGUGGCGGGGAGCUACAUGAUUCGCAAUGUAUCAGGCGCGGUGGGGACCGCCGUCUGCCUCCCUGCCAUCGACGCGAUUGGGGUGGGCGGUAUAUGA